GAUUUCGCCUCGUCAGCCAAGAACGAGCGCGCGGACAGGGAGAGCUUCAAGAGUGAUGCGAGGAUGGGGGGGCAGGCGGAGCCUCUCAUUGACAUCCGCAGAGACCCCUUGCACGCCCUGCACCUCAGGGAACGAGUGUUCCAGGUGAUCACGUGUUCCAGGCUCUCCCUCCCCCAGAUCCCGUCACCAACCCUGACGCCCCUCCUCCGAAGCAACCUCUGCACAUCUCUCUGCACCACUCCCGCUUCAACACCGCUCGCCCAGCUCCGUUCCUCUCUCCCCCCGCGGCCAUUUCACCCCCAGCCGCCCACCUUCCUGCCCACUCCCCCAGGAGGAGGGGGAGCGGGGGACGGGGAGCCCUGGGAUUGGCUCACGGCCCGUUGGCGCUCAGGCAGUGGGGGAGGGGGAGGCACAGGGGGAGGGGGAAGUGUGCGUGGGCAAGGGGGUGAACUACUGGAUGUGGUACUUUUAUGGGAGUAUCGGAGCAGGGGCCAGGGAAUGGGAGUGAUGGUAGGCCCAGCUUACGGUGUCUCCUCUGUUGCUGCUGCGACUGCAAGUGCUAGCACAAGUGCAGGAGGAGGAGGAGGGGGAACAGCUAGUGGGGCUGCUACAGGAGCAGCAGCUUCUGCAGGGAGCGGCUCAGCAGCAGACAAUGCUUCUGCCGCCAAUGCUGGUUCCACUGCUGCAUCUGCUGCUGUGCGAUGGAGAAUGGACGGGCCAUCUUAUCUCCAGCACGACUUCUCGUCCAACCCCACCUGCCCCGUCUCUCUCACGCUCCUCCUCCGAAACUGCUCCUCCUCCCCUGCCUCUGCUGCUGUCCACACGUUCGACCCGGCACUGCUGCCUGCUGUGGAAAAGAUGUCAAUGCGUCCACUCUGGGCUCGAAUCUGCCUGAGAAAUCUGGCUUUUACUGCCCCAACAACUUGGAUGGCCAGGACGGCGGCACAGUAG